CCGUCGGGACUAGAACGAUAUUUAGUAACGUCGUCCACUAAAUACUCUAAAUAUUGAAUCUCCAAAAAUACAAUUUAAAAAACGUAGUAAUACUAGUGAUGGAUUAUUUGUAUUGAUAAUAAUAUUAAUGAAAUAAAUGCUCUUGAAUUUAAACUACCACCAAUAUUAUUACGUAUUCUCUGCAGUUGUCUAUAGUCAGUAGUAUUCUGGAACAUUCUGGAAGGAUAUUUUUUUUCCUUCCCACGUGCCCCCAUAAACAACCUUGUUGACAUGCCAAUGUGUUUUUUUGACAUUGUCUACCAGUUCAUCACACAAAAAUCUAUUUAGCUAUUUAUUGUUUAAAUAAUUAGUAUUAAAAACUGAUAAAAAAUGAGUGGAAUUUUAAGAAAUACAUUGCGUCUUGUUGGUACAGCAAAAUAUGCUCCAAUAACUAAUUCAACAAAAUAUCUACGACCUACGACGCUCACGACUAGUCGAAUUAAUUCAUCGCUAGUACUUGAACCAAAUAAUUAUGUCCGCCGGUCACAUCAUGCGCAAGCUAUCCAAAAUUCAACUGGUUCUUGCUCAACCAUACAGGCUGCUGGAAAGAAAAUAUCAUCAAUAUUUGCUGAAAAAGAAGUAAAAACAUUAAAUAUUAAUCAUAAUUUCACAGUAUCACUUGAUAGUGGUGAAGUAGGAUUAAUAAUACCAAAAAUUUUCUUUGGAAGAAAAGAUUUAAUUUUUCCUUCUACAUUCAACAUUGAACUUAACGAUAAAUCAAUUAAACCUAAAAGCAAUAAAAUUGCUGCUGAAGAGGAAAAAACAUCAUUUAAAUUAGGUAAUUGGUAUGGAUCACUUGAUGGUGGAAAAUUAACACUAAAAUUAAAAGAUAGUAAUGAAACUUUUAUUUUGAAACACACAUUUUACGUUAAAGCUGAAAAUAACCCACCUGAAUAUUCAGAAGAGGAAGGUUUAUUAUUCAAUCCACCAAAACUUGAUUCUAAUGUUAAAGUUUAUUCCGCCAAAAUAACAUCAAAACCAGAUGGGUCGAAACCUUUACAUCGGACUUACCCACCUGUAGGUAGUAAACUCCCUCCGGAACUACUUCAACGUUACGGACGUAAAGUACCAGGUGCACUAUUAAAAGAAAAUGAUGACGAAGUAACUGAUGGACCAAAUAGCGAUGGAAGAAUGAAACUACAAUUUCCAAUGACUGUGGUACUUGAAGGAGGUCAACAAAAAAUAAAAAUAAAAGAUACUGAUGAUAAUUUUAAUGUCUAUCAUAAAGUUGAGAUUCGAGCUUACAAAGAACCUGCUGAAACUAUAACAAAUUCCGGUUCGAACACAGGAGGAGAUAAAUUAUCAAAAAUUGGUAUACUUGGAAUGCAACUUAAUAGCGGUAAUCUAUUGAUUGAAGAAAUCGAUUCUACUGGUCAACGGAUACUCAUCAGACAAGAAGUUGACAUUGAAAUUGACUUAGAUAGUGAAAUACCAAGUAUUCUUAUGAACUCUCAUGUAAAAAGAGCCAUGUGUAUACAUUAAUAUCCAU